CCGUGACGUAUCCUGUAAUAGGAGGAGGGGGAGUGGUUCGUAAUUACUUUAACUGAAUGACAUAUAAAAGUGACCGUAGGGGCGCUAUGUGUGUGCGUCUGCUCUGUGUCCGCGAGGGAGAGCGGUAAUUCACUUCCGGUGAGGUGUGCGAACAUUGGGAGGGUGGACUGAGGAGCUGUAUGGGAUGUUGACGACAAUGGCGGUCUGUAUGGAGAUGAAUCUAAACAUAACCGCGACUAGGUUAUGUGAAUCUCAUUAAAGGUGUGAGCCAACGUGUGCAGUAUUGCAGUGGGCUGGUGUUUGGCUUGGUGCGUGUUUCGACUAUCGUGGGAAGCUUGACGAUUGGCUGUUCCAGUGGCCACAAAUUGCUUUCCCAUACUGGGGCCUUGUGCCUCAGCAUCGGAUUGUCACCUCGUUUGUUUGGGAUCGUACGGUGCUGUAGUCAAAUCAAGCUGGCGGAUCGAGUCGAGUAACCGGUCGUUGGCUUGUGCAAGUGCACUUUUCCUUUAUGAACUGAGUACAUUGACUGUGUUCAACUUUCACAGGACCAGCUGGACCGUUGUGCGGCGUUUCUCUCGCUCCUCCUGGUUGUGAGUAACGUGAAACCGAAACCUUGCAACUAUAGUCUAUAGCGGUGUGCAACAGACGAUCGGCCCUUUUUGCGUCACCGUCCUUUUUGAGUUUGUUUUUGUUUGGGUUGACUCUUACAUGAAGACUGUUUUCUGUGUCAUUGUUUUCUGUGUUUAUUUUGAUGUAUUUAUGGAAUGUUAGCUCUUAUUGUAACCAUUUUGUGGUUAUGGUCGGGUUCUAGCCCACGUUCAGAGCUGCUGUGUGCUGGACGCGAUUCCUCGCCUAUAGAGCCGAACUGAGACGUUGAAUACUUUCCAUGUUUUAACUUGUAUUGUGUAUAUGUGAUCUGACCAUGCUGUUUUAAAUUCAAUUAAGCGUUGGAGGUAUUGAUUUCUCUAUUUGUGUCUCUCAUCAGAACCGGGUGGCCAAUUGCGGAGGGGCAGCCUUCCCUUGUGUGUGUGGUGGUGGGCUUUUCGCCUGAAUGCCGUGUUCACUGGAGGUGUGGUAUGCUGUGGUUUUGGACAGAGCCAAAUGGAGAAGAGGAGGGAGUCAUCCCAGAGGUUUGGGUGAGGGACAACAUGGUUCACUGGCCACCAGGGGCUAAUGUAACCAAAGCAGCUGAAGAGAUGCAUCAGCCAGCAAGCAGCUGGAAAAAGUUUCCACUACUGAAAAUCAAAAUCAAGUCAAAGAAGCGGGAAGUGUGUGAGGCAUUCGACCAAACAACAACUGCAGAGCUGAGUGAGGAAGAAUGCAGUCCUGUCAAGAGGGUAUCGAAGAAAAAAAAAUACCCAGGGUUUAUCUUAGAUGUGGAUGAAUGCACCCCAGAUGGUUCUGGAACAGGAUGUAAUGUGUGGAAGCACAUUCACAACACAGUCUGUCCUUUCCAAAACCACCAAGGGUUCGACAAAUGUCCAGCCAGGCUUCAGGAUCAGGAGAAAUUACUCCUAGAUCCAGGUCUCGCAGUCCACGCCAGUUGUCCUACACCAUGCUCCAUAGCACUCCACACCAGCGGUCAUGCACUCCUCGCCAGUGGUCCCGUACUCCAAGCCAGCGGUCCCGUACUCCACGCCAGGGGUCCCGCACUCCACGCCAGCGGUCCCGUACUCCACGUCAGCGGUCCCGUACUCCACGCCAGCGGUCCCGUACUCCAAGCCAGUGGUCCCGUACUCCACGUCAGCGGUCCUGUACUCCACAAACUUUAAGUUUUUCCCUCUUCUCCUCGCUUUCCUUAGCUUUUAAAUAGCUUGUAAAAGCACUGUAUUUUAUUUUCACUUUUAAAUUAGCGGCAAUUCAGCGUCAAUUGCUUGAAUUCAGUUCAAACAACAACAAAAUUGGUUAUCUUUACAUCAAAGGAGAAAGUUACAUAUGUAUUUGUUCAUCAUAAAGGCUCUGUUAGGUAAAUUACCAUCUUAUAUUUCUAAUUUGUUAACGUUACAUAUCAAAAGUCGUUGUACUAGAUCGGGUUCUUGUAUUUGGUUAACAGUUCCAAGGGUAUUGUCAAAAUUUGGUAAAUGUGCUUUCUCUGCUUAUGCUCCUUGGGCCUGGAAUGAAUUGCAAAAUGUAAUUAAUCUUGAUACACUUCCAACAUUUAGUAAUUUUAAAUGUCUUUUGUAUAAUGUUUUAAAGGAUACUUUAAAAUUGUAAUUGUUUUUCAUGAUGUCAUACAACAAUCGAUCUGCGCAGC